UUUGCGAGCAGACCCCGAUCAUGUGAGGUGUCCUGGACGCGUGUCACGAUGAGGGCUCGUGUUGCCAUGCUAAUUGGCGCCCUUCUGUGGCUGCCACUUGUGUCAGCCAACGAGGACAAUGACGAGAGCAACGAAAACUACGAAACUGGAUGGGCGGGGACCAAAUGUUCGCCACCCGAAAUGGCCCUCGACGGCAACUCCGUGGCCUCCUCCUCCACCGACUACUCCAAGGUCAUGGAGGUCAUGUUUCAAGGAGCCAUCGGACCCCUCGGAGAACGCAGAUUGUGCAAAAUCAAAUGCAUUAACGGAGAGUGGGUUGGACCGCUUUGCCAAGUGAAAAGUGGCGGCGGCAAGUAUCAUCCUCUUUUCCGGAGCUGUCAUUUCGGCGCUCUUCCGCCUCAGCUGCUGGUGAUGUACAAGAAUGUCAGCAUUGUGGCUGACACUCGUCUACCGUUUCCCGACGGGGCCCAGGUGUCGGUUCGUUGUCGUGAGUUGGGCGUCUACAAGCUGCUCGGCGAGUCCAGUCUCACCUGCCAGAAUGGCGUUUGGAGCCACGAGGUGCCCAACUGCAUCCCGACCACGCUGCUGACCAACUUCACAGAUGACGCGCCUCCCACGGUUCUGGUGCGAGUCCCAGCUGGGUCGGCCUCCGUCGAGCCCGACGGCGAGCUGGCCGUCUUCCCCGGCAGCAUAGUCCACCUGGAGUGCGUGUUCGCGCGCAAACUGGGCAACCCCGAGUGGAGCUGGAGCUCCAGCUUCCGGCAGUACCUGACAGGUUGGGCGAUAUCUGCGGAGGAACGUGAUUGGAAGUAUCGCCUCUCCAUUUAUUACAGUAAGCCCCAGGAUUCAGGUGCGUUCACUUGCACGACACCCCACGGACUCACAAACAGCGUCACAAUCAAUGUUGUGGCAAUCCACUGUGCACCGUUAGAAGUCGACGACCCACACGUGACGGCCAGGGUGGAGGGCAGCAGAUUGGGGCACACGGCCGUGUUCCAGUGUCCCACGGGCUUCGUCCUCAACGGAACUGCCAAUCUGACGUGCCACGCGACAGGCAAGUGGUCAGGUCCACCUCCGAGCUGCACACCAGUGCGCUGCCCCCGUCUCAGGGACAUCGGCGACCCUCACCUCGAGCUGAUUGAGCAGAACACAAGUUACCUGGGCCGCGCGUACUAUCGCUGCAGGUGGGGCUACCGUCUGACAGGGCCUCCCGGCCUCGAGUGCGGCAGCGACGGACGGUGGAUCGGCGACAUUCCGCGCUGCCAACCUGUGCACUGUCCGCCCCCGCUGCCCCCGGCGAAUGGUCGCAUCCUGGAGGCUGGCGGCAGGGCUCUUUCGGACGGCAGAUACGCUGUCGGCAGUGCUGUUCAGUUCGGCUGCUCCGAUUCGCACCAACUGAUGGGCGAACCCACGAUCGUCUGCACUGAGAAUGGAUUCUGGUCGCACAAAGCACCCCUAUGCAAGCCGCGGUGUCCGUACCCAGGAGACCCGGAGAACGGCCGCAUAGCGCCGCUCAAGUUUUAUUACGAGCCCGGGGACCACGUCAAAGUGACGUGCAAUCCGGGCUUCGUGAUCCGCGAGCGCACCGCCACUUCAAGACCUACCUGUCGCCCGGACGGCUCGUGGUCCGAGCAAAUCCCCAGCUGCGUCGACUACACCCAAGUCUGACUUACUCGCGCUGACAAGUGUGUGUUGUAUUAUUUUUCCAGCAACUUUUCAUCCGCCCCGAGAGCAAAAAUAAACCAACCGGUCGGUGAUUGCGUUCAGUGUGCACGUACUUGUGAAAAGUUUGCAGCUGGGGAAACACUCUUGUGUCGAAUGUGAGCGAGACUCUGCUGCUUAAUUGUGUUAAUGAGGGAGACUGUGCGUGAGAAAAUGAGCGUGCGACUGAGCGCCGAGUUUGAGCUCCAGUGCUUUUUGUUUGAAAACGACCAGUCAAGUGGCUGGCCUAUUUAAUUUUCGCUCAGAAAUCUUGGUGGAUUGUGUGCUUGGGGAUAAAUUUUUAUGCAGUUUUUUGUUGUAUCAAGGCAAAAUGAAAAAAGGCCGUUGAAAUGUUUUUAAUUAACUUAUAAUUGCAUCGCAUGGAUGCAGUUUUCUCAUUCCAUUUUAAUAUUUAUGAAUUUUUAUUUAUUUGAAAAAGUAACAGAGAUGAAUUUCAAAAUUUGUUUCUUUAUUUUUUUAUGCUUCCUGAUAAAAAAAUGCAUAUUUUAAAUAAUUUUUAAAUCAAUGAAUUUAUUUUGAUCUUAAAAUUGAUUGAAAUUGGAUGAAAAUGAUCAAUGAGAUUUGAUGUCCUUUUUUUAAAAUGCACUUAAUCACAGCACUACGGUGCGCAAAAUUCAAGAUGUCUACAUUUUGGAUCAGUAUUUUAAUUAUUAUUUCAAUGUUUAUUACGUUUAAAAAAUGGAAUGUCAAAUCUGAUCAAUAAAAAUGCCAAAAGUUCACCUUGUGUCAUGAAAUUAGACAACCCCUUUAAAACAACCAUCUAAAUGGAACUUAUUUUUAAAUGGCCAUGCUUGUAUAUUUAUAUCCGAAAUCCAAAGUUUCAAUAGCCUUAAUCUCAAUACUGGAAAAUGAUCUUGAGCGAUCUCACAGUGUAUAAAAUGUCUGUAGAAACUAAUUGUAAGUAAAACGGUAAAGUAAUUACUGAGGCUAGAUUAUCAUUUGCUUGUUUAAUGAAGUCAACUGUACAUAACAUAAUAAAAGGACGGAAUGUAC